ACAAAAAAAAAUUUUUUUUAUGUCAAAGUUAUUACUGUCAUUCCUCUUUACCAUAGAUAAAAAUAAUACGUGAGACUCUUUGCAAAUGUACCCAUACCUUAUAUAAUAGAAAAAAUUAGAGAUUAUUAAUCAUAAUUACAAGAUAGGUAUUUAUUUUACUCAUGGCUGUUGAGCUAAGAGCUCUGUUUGGGCGGUUCACACACUACAGUUAUAUAACUAGACGCAGUUUUAGAACAACUUCGAUGAGAAUGGAGAAGGCACUUGAGAAUCUGAAAACUAAUCCCUACUAUGAGAAAUAUGCUAACAGAAUAGCAGAGUUACAAAAUACAUCGCCAGAGGAAUUCAUGGAAAGAGUCGAACAAUGUGACAAGGCUAAGAAAAAUGAAACAAAAAAGAAAUUUGCAUCUGUUGAUACUAGGCAAUUCUCAUCAGUCCUUAAUCCAAAACAAGCACUCGGAAAAGAAAUUAAUGUGCCAGACAAGAAAUUGGAGGACAUAUUUAAAAUAGAACUUGUUAUUGACAAGAGUUCAACAGAAAUUAAAAGUAUAUGGGAAGAGUAUCAUCAAAAUAAAGAGGUCAUAUCGGCAACUAUUCCUGUAGACGUUUACUCAAAUAUUAAAGAGACAAUGAAUCAUUUCCCAGUGUUCCUGUUUCCUCUUCCACGCUCACAGGGCUAUGAGUUUAUCAUGUGCCAGAUGUAUGGACACACUGUUCAUUUUACUCCAUUAUUAGCUUAUCAGGUCCACAAAGAAAAUGCACCAGAAUGUCUAACCAUGGUCCACUAUACAGAACUAAGUGACAAAGGGAUCAUACUUAUGAGAGGAGAAUAUGAUAAAAAUGUACUGAAUGGUAAAGAAGCACAGUGCAUAGCAAAUCAAUUCCAAAUGUACUAUAGUGGCAAAGAUCCAGAAAGGCUAAAACUUUUAGAAUCAUUCACAAAGAGUCCGGACACAUUCAAGCACAUGGAUCUGAUAUCACAGUUGGAAAACAUCAGUUUGACUUAGAUGAAUAAUAAACAUGUUACUUUAAAA